AUGAGUUACAAUAUUAAAAAUUCCUCUUGUAAGGUCAUCCCGGGCAUUGGUUAUUAUCUUAAGGAACGGAGCCAUUUUACUUCAUUUCAUGGAAAUUUUCAUAAAUCCUAUAAUAUACAUAAUGGAGGCUACUACAAAGAUCCUAAAGUUCACCGAAGCAAGAGAGUUACUUUCUCCAUGCAGUCUUCUACUGGUCAAGGACAAGAGAUAAAACUGGAUGGUCAAAGCUAUGGAAGGCACUUAGUAUCGCGAGACCACAGUAUUAAGAAGAACACCGGUUUGUUCAGUAUUAAUGAGAAGGAAACCAUGCAACAUCUCAACCAGCGCCUGUCAACAUAUCUGGAGAAGGUGAACUCUCUGGAACAGGAGAACGCAGACCUGGAGAGGAAGAUCUGUGAGUGGCAUGAAAACAACGCCCCCAAAUCACUACCAGAUUCCAGCCAUUAUUUUAGAACCAUUCAAGAGCUACAGAAUCAGGUCUCCUCAACUACUUUGCAGAAUGCUCGGAUUUUUAAUCACAUAAGCAAUGCCAAACUGGCUACAGAUGACUUAGGGACCAAGUAUGAAAUGGAACAUAACUUAAGAAGUAGCGUUGAGGCAGAUAUUGCUUUGCUUAGAAGAGUCCUUAAGGAACUCAACAAGCAAAAACAAUACUUGGAAACUGAAGUUCAGUGUCUCCAGGAAGAUAUUAUCCAAAUUGACAACCAGCAUGAAGAGGAAGUAAGUUAUCUACAAUCACAAUUGGGAUCUCGGGUCAAUGUGGCCCUGAAUGCUGCGCCAUCGGUCGAUCUGACCCAAGCAUUGUCUGAAAUUCAAGAGCAAUAUGAGAACCUUAUGGCCAGGAACCUGAAGGAAGUGGAAAGCAUCUUUCUCAAUAGGAGUGCAGAACUAAACAGUGAGAUGCCAUCUGGGACCAUGCAAAUUGUGUCAUUCAAGAAUGAGGUCGUAAAUCUCAAACAUUCUGUGCAGACCCUGGAGAUUGAGUUAAAAAGUCAACUGAAAUUGAAAUCAGCAUUGGAGGGUACAUUGAUGGAAGUCCAGGACACAUAUGGAUCCCAGCUUGCUCGGAUACAAGGCCUGAUCGAUAAUUUAGAAAAACAGAUGUCACAAAUCCAAUCAGACCUAAAUAGACACAUUUCUAACUACCAGCAACUCAUGGACCACAAGUCUCUCCUGAAGAUGGAGAUUGCUACCUAUAAGCAGCUUCUAGAUGGUCCUGAUGCCAAGUUCUCAUCUCUCUACAUUUCAUUGAAUAAAGAUGGGACACUUUCUAAUGGAUAUUCCCAAUUGAUAAAGGUCACCACUGUUCGAUCAGUAAGGGUCCUACUGAUCUAUAAAUAUUGUUGUUACACCAUGGUUUUACAAGUUAGAUGCCCUCAGAAGAUCGACCAGGAUGAAAGACUUCCUCAAAGAUGA